UGCAGCAUCUUUGAAUGUUCAAAUUGGCUCCAUGAGUGAUCCACUAGAUUUACAAGGUUUAGCACAUUUAUGUGAACACAUAAUGCUCCCAUUAAAUAAACAAUAUUGUGAUGGAAAUUAUUUUGAUACAUACAUUUUACAAAAUGAUGGUUCAACAAAUGCUUCAACUGGACUCGAUUAUACAAAUUUUUAUUUCGACAUAAAUGCUGAAAUUUUAGAGGAAGCUUUAGAUAAAUUCGUUCAUUGUUUUUUAAAACCAAAAUUUAUUGAUUCAAUAAUCGAACAAGAAAUUGAAGCAAUUCAUUGUGAAUUUGAGGAUAAUUUACUAAAUGAUGAUUGGCGUUUAGAACAAUUUGAUAAAUCCUCAGCAAAUACAAAACAUCCAUAUUCAUUUUUUAAUAUUGGCAAUAGAGAGAGUUUGGAAACAAUUCCAAGGAUAAAAAAAAUUGAUGUUCGUCAAGAAUUGAUAAAUUUUUAUAAUAAAUGGUAUUCUGCGAAUAUUAUGUCACUAUGCGUUCUUGGAAAAGAGAACAUUGACAAACUUGAGAAAAUAAUUUCAAAAUUAUUUAUAAAAGUUAAAAAUAAAAAUAUAGAGGCACCCAAGUGGAUUGAACAUCCAUUUAAUGAGGAACAUUUUCAAUAUAAAUGGUAUAUUGUUCCAAUAUAUAAUACAAGACAAUUAAGUGUCACAUUUCCAAUUCCGGAUAUAGAUGAAUAUUAUCGAUCAUGCCCAACAAUUUAUUUGUCAUAUUUAUUUGGACAUGAAGGUAAAGGAUCGUUGAUUUCAGUUUUAAGGGAAAAAAAUUUAUGUACAUCAUUGAAUUGUGGGAAAUCACAACCAGGAAAAGGUUUUGCUUUUUUUAGUUUUGAAAUUUUACUCACUGAAAAAGGCAUUGAUUAUAUUGAUGAAAUUAUAGAAUUAAUUUUUCAAUACAUCAAUAUGCUCAAAAAAGUUGGACCCACACAAUGGAUAUUUAAUGAAUAUGUGUCUAUGCAAACAAUGAAUUUUAAUAAUCCAAAUUUUUUUUUACCAAUUUCUCAUGUGCGAGAAGUGGCACACGACAUGCAAGAAUAUCCCAUUGAAGAAAUAUUGAGUGCUCCAUAUUUUUUAACAAAAUGGGAACCAAAUCUAAUUAAUUUAAUAAUUCAUUAUUUAAAACCACAAAAUAUUCGUGUAAAAAUAAUGGCACAAGAUUUUGAAAAUAUCACCACAGAAGUUGAGCCUUGGUAUAAGAUAAAAUUUGAAAAACUCAAAAUACCAGAAAAUAUUAUUGAACAGUGGAAUAAUGCAGGUGAUAAUUGUAAUUUUAAAUUACCUGAUAAAAAUGAAUUAAUUCCUUUUGAAAUUGCUUUAAAAUUGGACACAACAUCUGUUUUCCUCAAUUUUUAG